UUUUGACCUGCAAACACCUCCAGACUCAACAACAGAAGCAGCGAGAACAAACCGUCCAAGGAAGCGGCAAGAAGUGCAAGAAAAUGAAGUGUUCCGGCUCACUGCGCAGCAACUCAAAGGUCAUGCACAGGCCUGAAAUGUCUUCACCAGAAGACCACAAGAAAAGGACGUCGAUGGCUUCAUCCAACAAUGACGGUUCCAUCAGAUCCAUGAAAGCCCCUCUUGGUGAACUCAAUGGGGUUGUUUCCUCCACUUCUUCUUCAUUGUCUGCGUCUUCUAACUCUUCUUUGGGUGGGUCCUUUAAAGGAAUGCCUCUCAGGAGACUAUCUGGGUGUUAUGAGAGCAGAAUGGUGGUUGAUCCGGUUCUUGGAAUCACUAGAGACCCUUCUUUGAGAACCACCAUCUGUUCCUGUCCUGAUUGUGGUGAAAUCUUCAUGAAAGCUGAAAUUUUGGAGCUUCAUCAGGCCGUCAGACACGCCGAACUGGGUCCAGAAGACACAAGCAAGAACGUAGUGGAAAUCAUAUUCCAAUCGAACUGGCUAAAGAAACAAGCCUCAGUCAUUCUCAAAGUCCACAACACCCCCAAAACCAUAUCCAAAUUUGAGGAAUACAGAGACUCCAAUAAAACCAAAGCCACCAAGCUCCCAAAGAAACACCCACGCUGCGUUGCAGACGGCGACGAACUCCUCCGCUUCCACUGUACCACUUUCGUCUGCUCCAUCGGCCUCAACGGUUCCUCCAAUCUCUGCAACUCAAUUCCAAGCUGCAAUAUCUGCAGUAUCAUCAAGAACGGUUUCAAGGUCGCCGGAGGGGUUCCCGGAAAAAGGAUUCUGACCACAGCCACCAGUGGAAAAGCCCAUGACAGUGCUAGAAUGUCGUCGCCGGAUGAUAAUGUGAAGAGGGCCAUGCUGGUUUGCCGAGUGAUAUCUCACGUUGACUUCUCCAGAUCCAAUGGCUUGAGUGCAGUCGGAAAUUACUACCAACAGGAAAUGGGUGGUGCUACUUGCAUUCAAGAAUUGCAGUUUCCAACAGAUACAUCUAUGGACUAGUCCAGAUGCAUUGAAUAUAAGUCAUUGUGAUGAAAUUCAUCGAUUAUGUGCAACCACUUUAGAGGCUAUACACGAGGCUAAUAGGUUGCUUAUUCCCCCUAAUGUCGUUGAUACAUAGAGACAAUCAUCAGAUGAGGAGGUAGUGAUGAGAUAUGGUGGGGUACGAACUAGAGGUGGUGGGGUGCGGACCAAAGAUGGUGGGGUACAAACCAGAGGUUUAGAGAUACACGAGGUUGAUAGGUUGUUUAUUCCCCCUAAUGUCGUUGAUACAAAGAGACAAUCAUUGGAUGCGGAGGUAGGGAUGAGAGAUGGUGGGGUACGAACUAAAGGUGGUGGGGUGCGGAUCAGAUGUGGUGGGGUACGGACCAAAGGUGGAGGUGUUUGAACUAGAGGUGGAGGUGUACAAACACGUGGAUGCCAUAUUUAUGAUGAUCCACACUUCCCUAUCGAUGAUGCAUCGCUAGAUUUUCCAUCAUCAUCGCCUCUACAACAUUUUGUCUUCACUUUUUCUACACCACUUGACCAGUCAUUACCUCAUUCAUCAGUUUCAUUCAUUAAUGAGGGGGUGAUACAAGAAGAUGUUGGGACAUCAUUCAUCCAGGAGCUAUUGCAUUCUUAUAUUGAUGGGCCUUCUUUUCAUAUACCUAUGUCAUCUAGUAUCAAGGUCUCAUUUACUCCACCUACAACACUACUCAUUGCUUUGUCACCACAAUCAUUAGGACAUCCAUUUAGAGAUGUUAUGGCGACACAAAUGCAAUAUUUUCCUACACCACUUGUUGAACAACAGGGAGAGGCUCAGGUUCAAGAUCAAGGACGUGGACAUGGAAGAGGUCGAGGCCAAGGACGAGGACGAGGAAAUGGAGCAACAUUAGAUGAUCCCUCAAAUCAAUCUAAGUUGGAAAGAUGUCACCGACGCCCAUAACGAAGAAGGAAACCUCUUUCAUGUGGCACACAUUAAUGACUUUUAUAUAUUUUAUCGAACAUAAAUUGAUGAUACAUGUUUUUUUGUUGCUUAUUGGUUUAUUUGUAUUGAUGCUGCAUAUUAACUUUUAUUGGUUGUUAGUUUACUAUGUUAAUUUAUCAUUUGCUAGUA